AGUUGGACAAACGGAUUCUGGCAAACAUUCGUAGAAAAAAGGUUUCGCAUCCAAAUCCAUAAAUAUCUUGCGUAUCUAGCACCCACCCCUACGGCGAAGAGGAUGACGACAUGGAGGAGUUCGCGACCACUCACGGCCGGGGCCCUGCACCUGCUGCACUGCUUCGCGGGCGCCGCCGGCGGCUAACAAAAGCGGUGGGAAGCGAAGCAUCUCGGAACAAUCAGAUUCCCGCUAGUAUUUGGAUCGACCCAACCCAAACAUCAGACGAGGGAGGAGGCGAGGGUUAAUCGGGUCGGGUCGGGUCGGGUCGGGGCUCGGGAUUCCGUCGCCAUGGGCAGCCUCCGCCUCUCCGCUUCGCUGUCCGCCACCGCCGCGGCGCCGGAGUGGCCCGCGCGCCGCCGCCAAGCCCGCCCCCGUUGCGCGCCGCUGUCGGCGUCCUCUCUCGGCGCGGGGCGGCUCCGGUUCGGGACGGAGCACGAGUGGCUGUGGGAUUGCCGCGGCGGCAUCGGAGGCGGUGGCGGGAGGGAUUACGCUAGGGAGAUGGAGGUGGCGGUGCGCGUCGUGCAGCUGGCCUGCACCCUGUGCCAGCGGGUGCAGGACUCGCUCCUCCUCCCUAGCGCCGGAGCCGGACGCGUCCACUCCAAGUUGGACCUCUCCCCUGUCACCGUCGCCGAUUGGGGUGUGCAAGCAGUAGUAAGCUGGUUGCUCUCAGAUUCCUUUCAUGAUGAAAGUGUAUCUAUUGUUGCUGAAGAAGAUGAUGAGACACUAUCUAGUAGCGAUGGUGCAGCUUUGCUUGAAUCUGUUGUUGAGGCUGUCAAUGGUUGCCUGGUUGAAGCUCCAAGGUAUGGGCUGAGAUCCCCAGAGAAAGAGCUCAGAGCUCAUGAUGUUAUUCAAGCCAUACGGAAAUGCUGCUCUGCCGGAGGUCCAAAAGGAAGAUUUUGGGUGCUUGAUCCUGUCGAUGGCACCCUUGGGUUUGUGCGAGGGGACCAAUAUGCUAUUGCUCUAGCCUUGAUUGAAGAUGGAGAGGUUAUACUUGGUGUGCUUGGGUGCCCAAAUUAUCCAAUGAAGAAGGAAUGGCUCAAUUAUCACCAAAAGUACUACAGAUUAAUGUCUAAUGUUGCUCCUCCUCCAUCGGGAUCCUGGCAUAAGGGUUGUGUGAUGUAUGCUCAGAAAGGUUGUGGCCAAGCUUGGAUGCAGCCAUUGGUUCAUGACUUCGGUAAGCUUGAUUGGCACCACCCAAGGGAGAUCCAAGUAUCGUCAAUCAGUGAUCCAGUUUCAGCAACAUUCUGUGAACCUGUUGAGAAAACGAACUCAAGCCAUUCCUUCACAGCAGGACUUGCUCGUAGUGUGGGAUUAAGGAAGCAACCUCUGCGAGUGUACAGCAUGGUGAAAUAUGCUGCAAUAGCACGUGGUGAUGCAGAAAUAUUCAUGAAAUUUGCAAGAGCUGGAUAUAAGGAGAAGAUAUGGGAUCAUGCUGCAGGAGUGGUUAUCAUUGAAGAGGCUGGUGGAGUGGUCACAGAUGCUGGAGGCCGCCCAUUGGACUUCUCAAGGGGUGUUUACUUGGAAGGUCUAGAUAGAGGCAUAAUAGCUUGUUCCGGAGCAUUGCUUCAUCAGAGAAUCAUAGAUGCUGUUGAUGCAAGCUGGAACUCAUCAACCCUAUGAUCCAAACAAUAAGAUCUUUACAGAUAAUGGCCUCGUGUUGUUCAUAGCAUGCAAAUGUAGCUCAGCUCCCAUUUGCCUUGGAGACUUGUUCUAAAUAUUCGUUUCAGUACUGUUAUGACUACGAGGGGUAAUAGUGCAGCAUGUAGGGUAGUAAUAGCUUGUCUGCUCAUAAACAAGUCGUCUCUUGAGAUUGACAAAUUGCUGGCUUUUGUUCAUCGAUGGCAUAUGUAAUUCUGUAUAGGUGUUUGUUCAUGAAAAGCAUCUGUGCAUGCGUUUACUAACUGAUUUGAUUCUUUUCAACUUCCUCCUGUCAAGUGGCGGGCGUAUUGGUUAAGCCAGUUAUCUGCACCUGCUCAGCAUCAUUUGCUGACUUGGAUGUCUAAACAUUUGAAUAUUUGGUUUAUUGAUCAGAUGAUGUAUUGUCUGACUGU